CACCGCGCUACGGCCCGGCCCCGCCCCGUCCUCGCCCUGAGCUUCGGGGGCACCUGCCGGAGGCGGGGUGCCGGGAGACCGGAAAUGCGUGGCUCCGGGCCGGGGCCGCCCGCCCCCGCCUCGCGGGCUCUUUAAGGCCAGCGGUUUUCGCAGCCAGCCCGGGGCGGGGAAAGCGGAGCGCGCGCCCCACGCGGGACCGCCUCCCGAGCCGUCUGAGCAGAGGGCGGGGUGCAGGCGGAAUGGCCCUCGUGCCCUAUGAGGAGACCACGGAAUUUGGGUUGCAGAAAUUCCACAAGCCUCUUAAAACUUUUUCCUUUGCAAACCACACGAUCCAGAUCCGGCAGGACUGGAGACACCUGGGAGUCGCAGCAGUGGUUUGGGAUGCGGCCAUCGUUCUUUCCACGUAUCUGGAGAUGGGAGCUGUGGAGCUCAGGGGCCGCUCUGCCGUGGAGCUGGGUGCUGGCACGGGGCUGGUGGGCAUAGUGGCUGCCCUGCUGGCACUUAAGUCAUCGAUGAAGCCCUUGCUGGUACACUGCCUUUUAUUCUUUUCAGAUGGAGUCUCACUCUGUUGCCAGGCUGGAGUGCAGUGGUGUGAUCUUGGCUCACUGCAACUUCCACCUUCUAGGUUCAAGCAAUUUUCCUGCGUCAGCCUCCUGAGUAGCUGGGACUACAGGCACGCGCCACCAUGCCCAGCUAAUUUUUGUAGUUUUAGUAGAGACGGGGUUUCACCAUGUUGGCCAGGAUAGUCUUGAUCUCUUGACCUCAUGAUCCACCUGCCUCAGCCUCCCAAAGUGCUGGGAUUACAGGUGUGAGCCACCGCGCCUGGCCUAAAGUUGUUCUUUAAGUGCAGCCUUGACCUCCUGGGCUCCAGUGAUCCUCCCACCUCAGCCUCCUGAAUAGUGCUACCACGGCUGGCUAAUUUUUUUAGUUUUUUGUGGAGAUGGGAUCUCUCUAUGUUGUCAGGGCUGGUUUUGAACUCCUGGGCUCAACUGAUGCUCCUGCCUCGACCUCCCAAAGUGCUUGGGUUACGGGUUGAGCUACUCGGCCUGGCUGUCUGCAAUUUUUUAUUUUCAGAAAAGAUGAAAACUGUCACUGAAAUCUGUCCAUUGGGCAACACACUGUCUAGCAACGAAUGGUCAAAGUGGUAGGUUCAGGCUUGUAAAACCUAACAACUUGAGCAUUUUCAUCAGUAUCUCAUACUAGGACUGUAAAUGUCAAAUUGAAUUACUGCCCUAACUUAUGUGUCAAGAUAAGAAACACUGAGUAUCAGCUGCCACUGAAAUAGUGCUUACUGCAACUAGUCUGGAAUCCUGUGGGAAGAUUACCUAUGAAGAUUACAAACUGAAGAAGGAUGCAAACGGAAAGAAUUUUAUGGAAGACUGAAACAUAAUUUUAAAUUUCAGAAUUUCUGGGGCCAGAAGUAAAGAGUACUACACAUAUUAUAUCUUUCCUACAACGUAGAUGAGGUGGAUCCGACCUGACCUUAUGUGCUUGCUCCACCUUAAGGUCUUUCUUAGCCACAUUGGUUCAAAAAAAAGGAUCUUUUUGUCAACAACCCAUAAGAAACAGUUUAAUUUUCCUACACUGUGUGUAGAAACUUAGCAUUAAGAACAAGCAUUUUAACCUACAUUAAUAAAAUUAAGUAAUUUUUAAGCUUACAAUUUUUCAAUAAUUAUAUAUACGUAAAACGUGUAAAUUGGCUGCUUCAUAACAGCCUAAGGAGAAGUGGACUGGGAUUUCUUAGUAGCCAAUUUAUUUCUUCCAUGAUUCUUUUUUAAACUGUAACCUUACAAAACAGCCUUUCCCUGUUUUUGGUAUCUUGUCAUCUUUGCAAUAAUAGUCUGCUCCCAGAUUUUUUUUUUUUUUUGAGACUGGGUGUUGCUCUGUUGCCCAUGCACAAUAACAGUUCACUGCAGCCUUGGUCCCCCACGCUCACAUGAUAUCCCCCCUCCGCCUCCUGAGUAGCUAAGACCACAGGUGUGCACUGUGCUUAAUUAAAAAAAAAUUAUUUGUAGAGAUGGAGUCUCCCUGUGUUACCCAGGCUGGUCUUGAACUCCUGGGCUGAAGGGCUCCCACCUCAGCCUCCCUAAGUGCUGGGAUUACAGGCAUAAGCCACCAUACCUGGCCUGCUCCCAGGUUUUUCAUUCUUGGAUUCCAUUUUGCCCUGCGGCCAACUGACUUAAAGAUAAUGACCCAAUGAAUAAAGUAUGGGCCAGCUCUGUUGGCAGAAUUCAGAAGCAUCAGCUGUGUCACUGGUUAAUUCUACUUUUUUUUUGAGAUGGAGUUUUGCUCUUCUUACCCAGGCUGGAGUGCAGUGGUGAGAUCUCAGCUCACUGCAACCUCUGCCUCCCAGGUUUAAGUGAUUCCCCUGCCUCAGCCUCCCGAGUAGCUGGGAUUACAGGUGCCCGCCACCAUGCCUGGCUAAUUUUCUAUUUUUAGUUGGCCAUGUUGGCCAGGCUGGUCUCCAACUUCUGACCUCAGGUGAUCCGCCCGCUUUGGCCUCCCAAAGUGCUGGGAUUAAAGGCAUGAGCCACCACACCCAGCCAAUUCUGCAAUUUAUAGGCACAAUUUUAGCAAAUAGCAGGUAUGUCAUAGAGGCAAAUCAAGAGUCACUUUUACCAGUAGUUUAUGCAAAAGGAGCUGUGAGUCAUUUUUCUAUUGCAGCUGUCCAUGAAAGGCGUGAUUGAUAUUCUGCAUAUCAGAUGCAAUAUUUAAGAGACACUCUACAUUUAACUUGACCCCCUCUCUACCUAACAGAAUUGUACUGAUGUGCACAUCACUUUUUCUUUGUUCCACAUUGUAGGUGCUCAUGUGACUAUCACGGAUCGAAAAGUAGCAUUAGAAUUUCUUAAAUCAAACGUUCAAGCCAACUUACCUCCUCAUAUCCAACCCAAAACUGUUGUUAAGGAGCUGACUUGGGGACAAAAUUUGGGGAGUUUUUCUCCUGGAGAAUUUGACCUGAUACUUGGAGCUGAUAUCAUAUAUUUAGAAGAAACAUUCACAGAUCUUCUUCAAACACUGGAACAUCUCUGUAGCAAUCACUCUGUGAUUCUUUUAGCAUGCCGAAUUCGCUAUGAACGGGAUAACAACUUCUUAGCAAUGCUGGAGAGGCAAUUUACUGUGAGAAAGGUUCACUAUGAUCCUGAAAAAGAUGUACAUAUUUACGAAGCACAGAAGAGAAACCAGAAGGAGGACUUAUAAUUGGCUAUAAUUUAUAAGAAUGUUGUCAUUGAGUGUGUCACUUAAGGUCUUAGACUGCAAAUCUAACCAUAUUUAAUGAAAUGUCUUACUACAAAAAGUCUAAACCAAAGGUUCUCAGGUGAGAAAGCACAUGUGCAGUUUUAAAACAAAGCAGUGCUUUGUCCCAUUGCUGUGAUUUUUAGUCAGACUUUACUCAGUCUGAAAUCCAAUUAACAUUAAAGGAUUAAGUGUGAGAUUUUGAUUUAUGCUAUUUCUGUAUCCCAUACUCCUCCCUUUUAAUAAACAGUUUCCACUGAUGAUAUGAAGGGCUGCUAUAAAGAUGUCUUUAAAUGAGUAAGCUUUCUUUGGUAAGAUUAAAUCUUACAAAUUAUUUUUAAAACCUUCUGAUAUAUACAAUGUUUAGCCGAGUUUUCUAAUUUUCUGGAUGUAAAACGAAAGGUUUAACCUAUACAUUCCUUGAGCUGUUAGUGCUAUUGAAAUCUUUUGCCCUGUUUAGGUCCUAAACACUUUUAGUUGGUUGAGUAGGAUAUGAGCUUUUUUGGGUCUCAUAUCAUGCUUUUUGCCUUAAUUUCAGGUAUGUAUAUAUAUAAAUAAAGGAAUUAAGUAAAAAUAAAA